UUUUGUAGGUGUGGGGUUCCCUUAUAAGUGCAUGCAUGAUUGCUCUUUUUUAUUUUGCUUAGGAUAAAGAUCUGUUUUUAAAUUGCCUUUCCGUUUUAGUCUCUCCCAUCAGUAAUUUAUCAUCGUCAUCAUCAUAAUCUGUUUAAUAAUUACAGAUUGAUAUAUAUAUAUAUAUAUAUAGAGAGAGAGAGAGAGAGAGAGUUUUGCCGAUGUUGAAAUUGACAGACGCGGUCUGUCACGUUUCAAAGUUCUCAGGCACGCACUGACCAAGUCCUCCCUCUCUCUCACACACAUAAAAAACGUCGUUUCGGCGCUUUUUUGCGAUCCCAAUUCUUUUCCCCUAUUGUUUCAGUUUGUUAUUAAUCUCUCUAUUUCUUGGUGUGCCAUUCUUGUUUUAAGCAUUUGGGGUGUUAAUUCUCAUUAUUUUCCCGUUUCAAGAGAUCCCAUUUGUUUGAUUUUGGGCAGUGCUUGUUUUGUGUAGAAAAAAGAGGUGGGGAGAGUUCAAUUCUUGCACUGGAUUGCUGGAGAUUUCUGGUCAAUUUCUUGGAGUUGAUUGAGGAUUCUUGGCUUCCUAGGGUUUGUGCUAAGUGGGCUUCAAGAAUUAUUGAUUGAUAUUCUUUCUGAUUGGGUUUUCUUGGUGUUCGGUUUCUGUUAGCAAUUGAAAGGGGCAGAUUUUUCGUUAGAUCCGCUGCUUUUUUUAAGCUCUAUAAUGCUUCACCUUUUUAGGCUUUAGCAUAUGCAUUAUUAUAUUAGGGGAAAAGGAUAAGGAUAUAUUUCGUGUAUGCAACUGUGGUUUGUGGUUUUGUUUGUCUAUUUUUUUUCUAGAGGGCCCUUUUUGGGGAUAAGGGUGGUGGAAAGUUUAUUUCUUUGAGGUGGGGAAGCUUGUAUUUGCAUACGUGUUGUGAAUUUGAUCAGUGGGAGGGUUGAGCUUUGUGGUGAAUUGGAUGAUUGCUUGCUGAAUUCAAUUGUUGAUUCAUUUUCUUCUUUUGGAAAAAGAAAAGGAUUGAAAUCAGACAUUCAUGUGUUAUUUUUUAUUGGGAUUCAUCUGUUUAUGGAGUGGUGAAUUAUUGGUAUUGAGAAGAGGGUUCUGAAGAGCUUGAGGGAUUUUUUGUUGGGUCGGUUGUGACGGAUCCAAGUACGGACUAUAGUGGGUGUGAGUGGCUUGCUGGUCUGGAUUGCAUACUGAAUAUAGUCAGGGCCCUGAGAAUGGGUUCCUGCUUGUCCGGUGAAAGCAGGAGCCCUCUGCCUGGUUCUCCAAUGGGAGUUAGGAAGAGGAAGGGCUCGAAAAGGAGGCUGGGGUCUCGUAAUUCCUCCUUUGAUUAUAGGAGGGAAGAACAACUGCACAGGACUCCUGGACGGAUGUUCUUGAAUGGGUCGAGUGAGAUUGCAUCGCUCUUUACCCAGCAAGGCAAGAAGGGAACCAAUCAAGAUGCCAUGAUUGUUUGGGAGAACUUUGGUUCGAGAAAAGACACAGUUUUCUGUGGGGUUUUCGACGGCCAUGGUCCUUAUGGUCAUAUGGUUGCAAAGAGAGUUAGAGAUUCUCUUCCUCUGAAGCUGAAUGCACACUGGGAAGCUAAUAAUAAGAGUGAUGAGAUUCUUAGGGAGGUCAGCUUAAAUACAACAGGAAGUUUGUGCACAGAAGAUACUUCUUUCUUAUCUGCUGAUGAAGAAGCUAGGGCUUCCAUUGAUGUUGGGGAAACUGGGAAGGAUACGGACGUCUUUCAGACAUUGAAAGAGUCGUUCCUCAAGGCUUUUAAGGUGAUGGACAGAGAGUUGAGAAUGUAUGCCAAUAUCGAUUGCUUCUGCAGUGGAACAACAGCAGUGACGAUGGUGAAACAGGACCAGGAUCUUGUUAUUGGAAAUGUCGGGGACUCGAGAGCUGUAUUGGGUACAAGAGAUGAAAAUAAUUCACUUACGGCAGUCCAGUUAACUGUGGAUCUCAAACCUAACCUUCCAGCGGAAGAAGAGAGGAUCCGCAAAUGUAAAGGGCGUGUCUUUGCCCUUCAGGAUGAACCUGAUGUUGCGAGAGUGUGGCUUCCAAACAGUAACGCUCCCGGCCUUGCUAUGGCACGUGCAUUUGGUGAUUUCUGCCUGAAGGAGUUUGGCCUUAUCUCCGUACCCGAAAUUUCCUACAGACAAAUCACUGACAAAGAUGAGUUUGUAGUCUUAGCAACGGACGGGAUUUGGGAUGUACUUUCAAACGAGGAAGUGGUUGACAUUGUGGGUUCUUGCCCCUCGCGCUCAUACGCAGCUCGAACGCUAGUCGAGUCAGCAGUCAAGGCUUGGAGGUCCAAGUAUCCAACUUCCAAGAUUGACGACUGUGCUGUUGUUUGCCUCUUCCUCGACUCAAAUGAAUCCACUGCUUAUACAAUCAAGUCCCGGGCUAGCAUCCCUUCAACCAAACAUGAUGACGCCACCAGGCAGGACGAUCUUCCUGGCCCAACUGGAUUGAACCGUUCUGGCACAGUUAGAGCAGGCAAUGAGGCACUCAGAGAAGGAAACGUGAAGGAUGUCUCAGACAGCGAACAAAUGAAUGGUGAGGUCGGACACGAGUGGUCCGCACUUGAAGGAGUCUCUCGUGUAAACACAUUGCUGAACAUGCCAAGGUUCGUUCCAGGGAAAGAUGACAUAAAAGCUGCAGAGGAUGCGAAAGCUAGGAAAUGAGGAAAGUGUGUUGCAAGAUUUAGGCAUUUGCUAUUAUUGUCGACACGGGAGGUAGGCCCGACUAAUAUUAGUGUGUCCAGGGGUUGUUUCUCUCUCGCCUCGAUAGAAUUGGAAUUUUGUUGCAGUAUCCAACUCUGUAAGUUUUUUUUUUUUCUUGUCCCUGAAAUUGUGUGAUGUGUAUUGGAUAAUAAUUGUGGGAAUGCAGCUUCAUUCAGAUCAAGUUGUAAACUGAUUGAUACUUCACUACACUCUUUUGGCUAAGUUAGUUUGUGGUUUGUACAGAUUUGGUUGAUGACUUGUAGAUUGAUUAAUUAGCUUCCAAGAGUGGGAAAUGAGAUUGAGGCUUCUUCUGAAAA